CAAAAGUGUUGCCAACAUCCAGCUCAACUUUUACAGUUGAGACGUUAUAAAUUAUUUUAAUAAAUAUCACGAAGUAAAUUAUAAAACUAAAGCCGUUUUCUGAGUAAUAGAGAAAAAUAAUAUUGUAUUAUGUUUCCAAAAUCUUGAAAAUUCAUAUAAAUAUAAGUGGAAAAUAUGCUUUUUUAACAUGCCAAUUUUUGUACUGUCAUUUCGCUCAUGAUUUCUUGCUUAGAGCACGAUUUGUUGGUAAAACUGCACAUACUAUGAGUAUUUGGAGAUGUAUGCUGUGAAUAUGUACCUGACUUGUCAUUUCUCUAACCUGUCAAAUUGCGACAUCAACUAGAAGUAAAAAAAUACAAAUUUUUCUAUAGUCAUUUUCAUCAUGUUUCAAUAAAAAAUUUUAUAUUUUUAUACACAUUAACAUUGCAAUUAAAAAUAAUGGGAAUUUUACAAUUAGAAGAACAGCCUGCAAUCAUUCAAGCCAUUUUCGCUGGUAUUAUAGAUGAAGUAAAAGAGCUUAUAGAAUAUAAACAAGAUGUAAAUUGUUUAGAUGAAGAGAAACGUACUCCGCUACAUGCAGCGGCUUACAGAGGAGAGACAGCAAUUUGCUCUCUGCUACUUCAGAAUGGAGCUAAGGUUAAUGCUAAGGACAGUAAGUGGGUUACUCCUUUACAUAGAGCUUGUUCAGUAGGAGCAGAUGGAGUCGUACAAUUACUUCUUAGUUAUCAAGCAGAUGUUAGUGCUAGAAAUAAAUUGUGGCAGACACCAUUACAUAUAGCUGCUGCUUGUGAUGCUUAUAGUUGUGUAGAACAAAUUUUACAUCAUGUCCCAAAUCAAAAUGUGAGAGAUAGAUCCGGGAGAAGUCCACUUCAUUACGCAGCUUACAAUGGACACACUAGCAUUUGUGAACUUUUAAUAUCAAGAAAUUGUAUGGUUAAUGCUUGUGAUAAACGAGAUUAUAGACCUUUACAUUGUUCUGUCCAAAUGGGCCAUACUGACACUGCCGAAUUAUUAAUCAAGUAUGGAGCUGACGUAAAUGCUAAAGACAGAAAUCAGUACACACCUUUACAUGUUGCUGCUGCUAGUGAUAUUGAGAGUGUAUGCAGAUUACUAAUAAAUUCAGGAGCUGAUGUGAAUGCACAAAAUGUUUACGGAAAUACCCCUUUACAUAUAGCUUGUUUGAAUGGACAAUCAAACAUAGUUCAGGAUUUACUUGAUUCUGCAGCAAAUAAAAACGCUACAAAUUUUCGAGGGCAGACUCCUUUGCAUAUAGCUGCAGCUAGUACACAUGGAAUGGAUUGUUUAUUAGUUCUGUUAAUUUAUGAUGUUGAUAUUAACUAUCAAAGCUUAGAUGGAAGGACUGCCUUACAUAUGACGGCUAUUCAUGGAAAAUUUAUGAGGAGUAAAUCGCUCAUUGAUUAUGGUGCCCACAUUGAUGUUCCAGAUAAAAAUGGUUGUACACCUCUUCACAUUGCAGCUCAGUAUGGUCAUGAUAUACUAGCUAAUACAUUAUUAAAUUUUGGUGCAAAUCCAUUGAGCAAAGGAUAUGAAGGUAGGACACCCCUUCACAUGUGCUGUCUUUCAGGUUAUGUAGAAUGUGGACGAAAGUUCUUGCAAUAUGUUGUUAAUCUUAAUGAUAAAGAUGAUACUGGCAAAACACCAACUCAUUGUGCUGCUUAUAAAGGAUCAUAUGAGUGCCUAGAUUUACUCGUCAGCAAUGGUGCUAAUUUUAGACUAACAGAUAAUCUCCUACGUCUUCCUAUACAUUAUGCAGCAUCUCAGGGUCACUACCAGUGUGUAUUUACGUUAGUUGGGAUUGGUAGUCCAGUAAAUGAUGUAGAUAUUGAAGGGUGUACUCCUCUACACUUGGCUGCUGCCUACGAUCAUGAUAGUAAAUGUGUCGAUUAUCUCUUAGAUCAUAAAGCAGAUCGAAACAUGAAGGAUAAUAGAGGAUUCACUCCUUUACAUUAUGCAAUAGCUGGUGGUAACAUUAAUGGUGUACGACGACUGUUGAAAAAUGAACAGACUGCCACAGAGAAGAAAGAAGAGGGUGAUGAAAUUAAAAAAAUGAUGGCAAAAUGUUCUGUAGAUAUAACACCAUUACAUCUAGCAGCCAAAUUGGGCAACUUGGAAAUUUUAAAAAUGGUAAUGCCUUUUUUUCCUGAUGUAAAUAUUAGAACAAAUCAAGGAAUAACGCCCUUGCUGUUGGCAGCAAGGGAAGGACAUGCACAAUGUGUUCAUUUUUUACUUCAUUUUGGUGCCAAAGUUGCUGUAGCUGAUUACAUUAAUAAUAUGACUCCUGUUCAUUAUAGUGCCAAAAAUGGACAUUCACAAUGUUUGAGUUUGUUACUUCACAACAGUGAGGAUGAAAAUGUUGUUAACAUGCUUGAUAGGCAACAUCGAACAGCUUUGAUGCUAGCGGUUUCUGGGAAUAACCUCAAAUGUGUCCAUACAUUAUUGAAGUUUGGUGCAGAUCCAAAUAUAGUGGAUACUGAUGAUCAUUCUUGUCUUUUUAGAGCAGUAGUUAGUGGGCAAGAUGGAGUCGUGGAACUGCUACUGUCCAGUAAUGCAACAGUACAGACAACAGAUAUUAAUGGUAAAACUGUAUUACAUUUGGCAGCAGCAUGUGGACAUCUUAAUUGUAUGCAGAUGAUACUUAAUUAUAUGAGUGAGGAACAAGUAAGAGCUAAGGACAAACAGGAAUGUACUGCUCUUCAUUGGGCUUGUUACCAUGGCUAUGCAAAUUGUGUGGAAUAUUUAUUGGAAAAAAAAAUUUUUAAAGAGCUGGAAGAAAAUUCUUUCUCGCCUAUUCACUGCGCUACUUUUUCAGGGUCAGAUAAGUGCCUAGAAUUAUUAGUCAAUUAUUUUGGAAAGCAAAUAGUUAAUUUGUCGGACCGUAGAAAAAGGACGCCAUUACAUAUAGCAGCUUUACAUGGUCAUGCUGAAUGUGCCAAAUAUUUGAUAGAACAAGGUGCUAAUAUUGAAGUUUCUGAUGAGGAGGGUCGAACGCCUUUCAUAGCUGCUGCUCAAUAUGGACAGACUCAAAUUGUUGAACAUUUAUUAACUUGUAAAAUUGACCCUACUACUUGUGAUAGACUUGGCAAUACCGCGUUGCAUUGGGCAUGCUUGAAAAAGCAUAACCAGACUGCCUUAUUAAUUUUAGAAGAUUGUGAAGGGGAUACAGUUGUCAAUAUAGCAAAUAACGAUAAAAAAACCCCACUCCACAUUUCUGCAAGAAAUGGUUUAGUAGAUAUAACUCGGGAGCUAUUGAAAAAAGGUGCAUCUGUCGUAGCUGUAGAUAAUGAAGGAAUGACACCUGCUCUAAGUUGUGCUCCUAAUAUUAACGUCGCGCGAUGUUUGGCCUUAAUUUUCCAGACGUUUCCUUCCAUUAACACAGGGGAAGGAGAUACUGGGACUCUGGAACUAUCAGGCACCGAUGCUAGUUUACCUUUAAAAUUGUCUAUGUUGAACAUAUCUAAAUUAAAUUCAAAACCCGAAUCUAACCAUUCUAGUGAAAAUGAAUUUUAUUAAAUUUGUAUAAUUUUAGAAACAAUUAAGAUAAUUUCGUUAAAAUUGAACUAUAUCACAGAAGAAAGUUGUAUGUGUACCUGUAAAAUGGUAUUGAUUCAAAAGUCCAAAACAUUAACGCACCAUUUUUAAAAUUUAUUUUUAUUUAACAAAGUAAAUAAAAACUCUAGCUUUAUUAUAGUUAUUCUACCAUUUGUUACUGCAUUUAUUAUAAAUUGUCAAAACGAAUCCAGGCUUUUAUAGACAUUCUCGAAAGAAAGUUUUUCACCUUUCCCGCGCAUAACGCCUGGGAUUGUCAAUACAAGUUGUUAUUAAUUUUUAAUCUCAUUAAUUUCAGAUUUGAUCUAAUCUUUCCUGUACUUCUUCAAGGUUAUUGAAUUGGAUUGCCUGUUAAAAAUAUCUCAUUUUUUAACGGAUUAAGGAUUGUCAUUUCGUGGUACUAAUUUCAACCUUUUUUAAAUAAUUUCUGAUAAACUGUGCAGCAUACGGUCCGACAUUAUCUUGCAUUAACACUUUCGCCGCGACUUUUAGGGAGUUUACUCAGGAGUGGCGAUGUUUUUUGAAGAUAAAAUCGUUCUUUCAAAUGUCAAAAUGAUAUUGGUAUAUUCAAAAAGUGUAUAUACAGGGUGUUUUUACUUUUUUUAUCCAUGACGCUCAUAGGAGCCAUGCGCACCUGGCGACGAACUUCUUGCAGAGUGCUGACCGACUCCGAUAGCAGUCAUAACAAAUUCUCAGUUAUUUAGGGUAGGAGGUUUUAAAAACAAUGAGAAAACUCAAAUAUCUCCAUUUAUAGCAUAACCAAAUGUAAAAAAUGAAAAAAUAACAAAAGUUGGAAAAUAAUGGUUCACCAACAACCAACAUAUUUCAAUAAAAAACACCAAAAAUUAUAAAAGAAAUUGCACUUAUAGAUAUAGAUUCCAAAUUAUAAACAAAUAAUUAUUUUUUGGGACAUAAACUUAUUUAUUUUUGGUAUAUUCCCUUCUACAGGUGAACUUUGGUGAGAAACAUUCACCAACGCAAAAUCCAGGUUGAUCCGGACAUUUUGCACAGUGGUAAAUCGUUUGUUUAUGUAACUUAUUUUUGGAUCAUUCUCUGCAACGCUUCCUAUUUACCCGUCCAUCAUUUCUAAUUGAAGGGAUUUUUGUUAGGACAUGUAGCGACUUAUCUCUUCUGACUGUUGUUUGUGAUUCUAUGUGUAUAAGACUGCUCAAAUCAGCCAAUCGUAUAGAGACAUUUUUUGAACAAUAAAUAAGAAUUCAACAACAUCAGCUGAAUAAAAUGGAUUGCUAAUUUUUUGUACCAGCUUAGCGUUUUCCGUUCACUGGGAUAGUAAAAAUUCAGUUGAUCUUGCCGAUCAACACCGCCCAUGUAUUUAUUGUAAUGGAAAAUGGGCUUGGUUUGUUUUCUAUCACGUUUUCUGUUAUGAAUAUACUCUAUCAGAUCGUUUCCAUAUUCAUUACUGAUAUACAAAACAUCUCUUUUAUCUUUCCAUUUUCCGAUCAUAAUAUGACUUGCAUACUGAGCAACCGUCUCUCCUUCCAUAAUUUUUUUGUUAUAACUGUCUUUGGAUUGUUUUUCCGUUUAACAUUGAAGUUACCAGUACAAUAUUUGCUACGUUUUGUUAGAUGAUUAACCAAAUCAAAUGAAUUAUAAAAGUUGUCCAUGUAAACCGCAAGUCCGUUGCGCAAAUAGCCUUCCAGUAAUUCUAAGACAACCCUCGUUGUAUGUCCUUUUCCUCUACUCUCGUCUAUUGCCCCGGAAUAUACUAAAGAUUUUAAAACCACUCCUGAUGGUUCUGUGAGCAUGUAUAAUUUGAUACCAUACUUAUGACGCUUAUUUUUAAUAUACUGACGGAAAAGUAACCUUUCACGCCAUAAUACCAUCGAUUCAUGGAUUGCGAGUUCAUUCCCUGGAUAAUAUAUGGAACACACCUUAUUAUUGAAAAAAUUUAAAACUGGCCGUAUUUUGUAUAAUUGGUCUCUAUUCUUUCCAGUAUGCAAUACUAAUGCAAUAAAUGUUAGCAAUUCUUCAAGGCUAAGCGGCUUCCAUCGGAUAAUUCGAGAUUUUUCAGAAAUUCCUUCCCCACAAAAGAUCUUUUCUGCAUAAUGGUUAAUUUCAUUCACUAUUGAGUUGAGGAAAGUAUCAUCACAAAUCUAGCGAAAAUAGUCAAUAGGCUCGUUAUUUCCAGGGAUUGGCACUAAAGUUCCGUUCGUUUGUUUUCAAAAAUAGAAAAUUAUUCAUGUUUGUAGGUUCAUCACUCCAAUCUGGAACUGUACCAUCACGCCCAUCUGCAAUUUGUGGUUAUUGUUUCGGGUUUACGACAGUUCCUAACAAAAAAGAAACAAUUGUUCGCGAUAUAAAAUAAAUAUAAUGAUAAAUUGUAUACCAUUAUCUUCAUCUGUAUCCUCCUCAGAUUCGGAAUCACCCUCUUCUAAAUCAAAAUCUGGAUCACUCCGGUUACCGGAGUCCGGCAUAUUAUACUCUUCGUCGCAGGAAUACAUCAAAUAAGAUAGCAUUUUUUUGUCUGUGAACUUGUUUGGGUUUCUAUAUGAUGGUUUGGGAUUUUUGAACUUAGAGGAUUGUUGCCCAUCCUCAGCCAACUUGUAUAGAUACAAAUUUUUGGAACUGCUGAAAAUUUUUAAUGUCCAAAGUCGUAAACUAGACGCUGACAAACGCACAAGCACACCUGUGCAACGCUGAGAUCAUACUGGCAAGUUGGAUUGUUCGAGCGCAUCCAGCUAACGAACGCUAUGACCCACAUGAGAGUCAUGGGCAGCGAAAGUGUUAACAAGAUAUUUGCGGCAAUAUAUGUAGCAAAAAGUACUACUACAUACAUUGUGUGUACCUGUAAGAUGUCAUAGUUCUAGUAUUUAUACUACUAUUCGUGCUGCCAUCUACCUUUCCAAACUACAAUAUUUUUCCUGUCCAAAUAUUGUAUUUGGAAUGAAUAUAACGUUCGUUGGAUCCUCGAAAUUCACAAAUGCGUCUGUCUGCUGUACUUACAAUAUCUGAAAUAAACACGUCAACUUGACAUAUUCUCUGUCAAUCUAAUUUUUCUGUUCUUCGAAAAAAUGUAGUCUUCCUCUUUGGUCACCUAUUGUAAAUAUAUUUCUACCCCUUAAUUAUAUUCUUUCAAGAAUAAUUGAAUAGUUCAACACUAACAAUGUACCUCUCGUAUUUAAAUUUGUAUCACAUGUCACAAAUUGCUGUCAAAGAAUCAAAAUCAACCAAUCUUGAAUUGGUAUAUGAUAUAUCUUCAACCACUUUAACUUACUUAGUAUGUGUUGGGCACAUACAUCGUAAAAUAUCAAUUUUGGCCUUUCAUAAUAAACAAAUUUAAUUUUUCAAACAAUUUUUGUAAUUUUGCUUGAAAGAAUUAAAAACGCAUGUGAUGAAUUUAAGCACUAUAAAAACAGUUUAUACCAGUCAGUAAAAAAAAUUGAUUUUUAUUUAGGACUCUUAAAAAUUAAAACCAAACAUUUUAUAAUUUUCAAGCGGUGCAUUAAUUUUUUGAAAAGUGUACUCGGUUUGAAAUAUAUUUAUAUAUUUAGAAAUAAUGGAUUACAUGAACUAGAUGACAUUGUUUAAUUAAAACCUGAGAAUAAGUAUAUUCUAAUAGGAUCACAUAUUCUGUUAUUUCUCUUAUGGGUCUUUCGUUUUGUGUUUCUAUAACAGCAUUAUUGUAAACAUCAAUGAUUAUAAGAUAUGCUUUGUUAAUUAGUAGUCCUAUUUUGAUUUUUUACUUGAUUAUAAUUCUAGGCAAUUUUAAUUUAGAUCGAAAGGAUUAUUUUGGUGUCUUAAAAAAUAUGGUAUUCACCUUUAUGUUAGUAACUGGUGUUUGAAUAGCUUAAGGAAAAUUCAAUUUUUUAUUUUAAUCUCUGGAAUUGUCAUUUUUUCAACUCAAAAGAAAGAUAGUUAUGAGUGCAUUUAAUUAAUUUAUUUUUUUAAAAAGCUCAUCCUAUCAACCACCCACAGUAAAAAGAAAUAAAUUGAAAAUGGUUUCUAUAAAUGGAUGCAACUAAAUUUUAUUAAAAAAAAAAUAGAAAUAUCACAUUUUUUUAUAAUUAAUUAAAUCUAACAUUCAACACAUUGUAUGAGACUAAUUGCUCAUCACAUACUGGCAGGUGGCAAUUGGCACAGCUCUCAAGAGUCUUUCCUCGUAUUUUUUUGACAAGGCAUUGCACAUUUGACAAGAUCCUGUCACUUUUUUUCUUCCUGUUUUAUCUUCUGGAACCACUGGACCAGUAUUAAUCUCGAUUGUUUCUGCUAGUGCAUGACCUACAAUACUUCGUAGUGUAGCGUCUUCACUAACUGAUGCAUCUGAAUGCAUUGAUAACAGAAUGACAGCUUUAUUUUUUCAGGUUUUUGCUGUGCCACAUCUUUUUAAUCUCAAUUGAGAGAUUUGGACAGUUUCUCCUGGUGUUUGCUAAAAACGUUAUGAGUGUUCGGUACAGCUACAUCGAAGAAAAGGACAAAAUUGACUCUUCUAUCGACCACCACGAUGUCAUUCUGUUAUUUGUCACCUGUCUAUCGAUUAUAACGGACCUAUCGUAGUAGAAUCCAAAAUUGUCAUCUUCGAACACCCUCUGCGGCUGGUACUUGAAAUAAGUUGUAUAAGUAUUGAGACCAAACUUGUUGCCACUUUCUGGUGGAUGAUAUUGCAUGCUUGGUUAUGCCGAUAGUCAGUAUUAACUAACACAUUGCAAGCAGAUGUUAUAUGUUGAAUGGUCUCUAAUGAUUGUUGAUAUUUUUUGCAUGGAGUUUUCGGAUUCUUUAUAACAUUUUUCUUGCAGUUUUUCGUGUUAAUAACUUGAUCCUGGAGAGCCAUCAUGAAGCCUGGAAAGAAAUCCUAGGUAUUUGUAGGUUUUUUCGUUUUCCAUUGCCUGUACGAUAUUUCCGUUGGGCAGUUGCACAUUUCCGUUCAUGACAAUACUUUUAGCGAUAUGUAGAGUCUUGUCAUUACCUGACACUCCAAACUCCAUAUGCAUUAUUAUUAUUAUCAUUUGUCACUAACUAUUCAUAUUUCAAGAAAAAAAUAUUUAGAAUUUUUUUAACAAAAUAUUUAAUAUUUAGAUCUGUGGGUACCCCGGUAUCAGGUAGGUUGUUAAAAGACGUCGGUAAAGUUGGUUACUAACAUAUGGGUUAAAUAUUGGUAUUUCUACAAUGAAGAAUAUUGUAGAUUUUUUGUUAAAUUAGUAACAUUAAAAACGAAUCAACGAAUUAAAUAAAAUAUUUAUUUGGAAAGUAUUAUUUUCAUACAACCAGCAUUUUCCACUGAAAUCGCUUAGACCGUACUUGGAAGGGCGUAGGCCUGGUUGUCAACUGCGUUGUGCCUCUAUUAGGUGUAACAAGACUGUGUAUUUACUACUUCAUCUUGUCUAAGGAUAACUUGUAUCUUUGAUCUGUUUCUUUUCAUUGAACACAUCCAAACAUAUUUGUUAACCUCUUUCUCUGUAGUAUAGACAGUUUUCUGGUAUUGAGCUCAUCAGGCAAAAAUAUAUUUUUUCUUUCUAUAUAAAAGAAAUCUUACAUGUUACCCCUUUCUUUCCGAUUAAAACCUCUAGUUUCCGCCCAUAGGAACCACUUACAGUUACUUCGGUGGAAGUAUAUGCCCGGUUUUCAGUUACUUUCCUGUCCCUCCCUUUAUUUUUUGUGUGAAUAAUGUGCCUUAUGGCUGUGUAUGCACUUCUCUAUCUUUCCUGCUAUAAAAUCAGGGAAGCUACUAUAUUUUCCACUGCAGGUACAUACAAUUUCCUUUUAGUAGCACAUCUUGAUAAGAAAUAGGAAAUUUUGAUAUUUUUAUGAUUGCUAUAGCACAAAACUAUUGGGUUAUUCUUCAUUAAUCUAUUAUUGCAACUGUAUUUACACAUUUUCUAGACAUGUUAGCAAAAGUUUUACUUUGAUAGUUUUAUCUAAUAGUAAUGAUUUGUAGAUUGUGUAUCAUGCCAUUUUCAUUAACUAUAAAAACUAUAAUAAAAUAAAAAUCUGAUUCUAAUUACAGAGAAUUAGUAUAGAUAAGAAUUUAUGUUAACAUUGUCUAAAUAUCAAAUUAAGUGAAAGUAUUUGUGGCUAUUUUCGAAUAUAGUUUAUGUGUUGUAAAAAUGUGAUAUUUUCGAAACUGAGGCGGAAAAUAUUUAUUCAUCAAUAUAUAUUUUGACCCAUUCAAAGUAUCCCUAUUAGAUAUAAAUACAAUUGUCCAGCGCUUCUUUAUUUAAUCCCUAAUCAUUACAAAAUGAGUCUUUUCAGUUGGGUAUUAGGGAAAUAUCGUGUUUAUGCGAAGGAUAUUAAAAAAACCGAAUUUAUUAUUAAAAAUUGAUAUAAAAAAUGAGAUGUUGAAUAAAACUUACAAUUUUUAAUUACUUAUAGAAUUCAAAUCAAAUUUUGUAAACCUUUUUUCAACGGACUCAAAUUAGGGUCCAUCAAAUUAUAAUAAUUAUAAUGUGGAAUCCUUAUAUUUUCCAAAAAAAAAUCAUUUUUUAUUUACGGUAAUUAAAGUAUUGUAUUGUACUUACAAUGAAAUAUAUGCCCAAAAUUUUUAUUAUAUUAGUUUGUUAUGGCAUCUUCUUCAAUAUAUCAAUUGUCAAAUUAGAAAGGUUGAAAUAUGAAAAUUUCAAAGUCGAUAAACUUGAUUAAAUUAACAUGUUUUUUGGCAUUCAAAUUGAAACCUUGAAAAUACGAAAACGUAUUUGCUUCAUUUGUCUUUUUAAUGUAAACUCCUCAAUAUUUUUAUAAUAAACUACUACUUAGUUCAUAAUAGAAUAUUUGGCGAUCAAAAGCAAUUAAGCACAUAUGCCUCCUGAUAGGCUCGCCCACUUGACAUUAUCACAGGUGGAUGUAGUUUAAAAAGCCGAUCAGGCGCGUUGGCUUGAGCUUUGGGUUCCGAUGCCAGAUAUAGACUCUAUGAUGAUACCAGUUACCGAGUCAAUGAAAUCAAGCAGCUGUGCUUCCGUGAAACCGAUAUCGGGUUGUCUUGCUCGACUCACAGAUAGCUGCAAAUUCGAUCGUCUCUCCGAUUUAGCGUAGCCUAGCACUACACAAUAAUGUAGUUUUACUGCUUUUGGAGCCAACUCGUUGUUCAAUAGGAGUUCUUGGUCACUUAACAGGCUUUGUCUGGUUCUCAGAGUUUGAAGUCUUGGGUGUUAGAGGGAUGGGGGUUGUGGUAACCUCAAGAUUCGGAACAGAUAAGCCACAAGCCGUCUCUAUAGCUUUGGUCUUCUUUCUCCUUUUUUUUGUCCGUACCACUGGUGUUGCAGCGUUUGAGCCGGGCCUUGUCAACUGUACUGGCCAGAGCUUCGACAUCGGUAAGAACCAAUACUUUGGGGGUAAUGGACUCCGUGGUCCUUCUUUAUUGCAUGUUAUACCCUGGUUGCUUCGUAGCAACAUAAGGGUUACUUUGUUUCUAUUAGCUAGCGCUUUUAGAGUUUGUUUGUACUACGCUAGUUUGGACGUACACUUAAUAGCUUUCAGGAUCUUCAAGGCAGCUAAGCUGUCUAAGAGUAUGUGUAUGUAUAUGUGCUUUCUGUAAAGGUUUCUAUCCAAAUACUCCUAAGCACAUAGCUGAAAAUGAUAGUGAUGUUCCUAGAUGUAUGGAGAGCUUGUAUUAUGGUCCGCAAAUGCCCAAUCCACCACUUUGCGCUAGCAUCAAACCAUCUGUAGAUCAGAGUUAUAUAUUUAGAACUUGCGGUGCCACGAUUGGCGGUCAUUGAUUACCUUUUCGAAUGGGAGGUCUAUGUCUAUCAUGAUGUGAAUUUGGUCCAUUGGUUUGUCACUGCUUUCUAGUUUUUAAUUUUUUAAAAUUCUUAGAUGACCUGUCAGAUUUCAUGGCUGUAACUUUUCAGUCUGGAUUAGUCUAUGUUGUUUUACUAGGGUUGAUCGAGAGCUGCCCUUCAUAAACCCAGUUUUUAAUUGCAUUUUAGAGCUGUUUGCAUCCUGGUAGAAAUUAUAUUCAUGUUUGCCUCAUACUACUACAGCCAUUCAUUAUAGUAAUAGUGGAAGUGUUCCCGAUUAUUUCUGCCGUUACUAUACGCUGUUGUAGAGUCUCAGUCCAUGAAGGUUGUUGAAGCAAUAUCUUUGCUGUCAAUAGCCUUUCUAUAUCUUUAUCUAGGCAAUCUAGUGGUCUUGUCUUUUUGAUAAUCGAAUUGUUUAGUGAGAGCCGUUCUUUUGAGGUUUUGUUCUGUUCAAACCAUAAUUUGUAUGAUGUCUUAUUGAAAUACGAUGAAAUCUUUCGAAUACAAUGGUCCACAAUGCCAAUGCUCAAAUGCGUCUCAAUAUGGCCCGUAAAGCUCAAUAAGGGCCUAAAAAAAAUUUGUUUUGACAAAAUAGAUAAUUUUUUUAAUUUAUAAGCAGUAAUUUUGUGCAAACAACUAAUUUUAUUGUUAUUGUUCAAAUAGUAGGGUCAGUAAUUUUUUUUAUUAUCUAAUGAAUGUGCUUGCCAAUUUUAAGACCUUGAAUAUUAAAUUGACAAUUUUAAAUAAAUCCAUAGUAUAUGAAUGUAUUGUUACAUACAUCGUAUAUUUUUGUUUUAUACCACUAACAGCAAACAGCUCGAUAAUUUUUAUAUUUCUGUUCUUUUGGGUAAAAUGUAAUACCAUGUAAUACCAUUCUAAUUUGACACUGUGUGUUUGUAUUUCACUCAAAAACAUGUUUUUAAUGGACGUUUUUGGAAUCAUGAACUAGUUGAAUGUUUGUAUCUAUAUGAGAAGCUUAGGAGCUUAUAUUGAAAAAAUACGAAAUUAAUUACCGCAGCUAUACAAUGAAUAGAGUACUCGUUUUUUUUAAAAAGUAUUAAUAUUUUUUUAUUUUAUAAGUACUUGAUAUGAAAUGAUGUCAAAAAGUAAAAUAUUUAAUUAAAAGUGAAAAAAUAACCAAAUAUUUAGUUGAAAAUCGCUAAAAUUUAAAAUUUUCAACUCCGUAAGAAAACGAUCUUCAUUGGUAUACAGUUGUGACGUCAUAGGUUUAACACACAUUGAACAGUUGUCUGCUUGAUCAUUACGACGUUAUCAUUGCCGGCAACGUAGCGUGUGCUGUUAUAAUACAGUUUUUAUUUAUUCGUUACGUAUAAAUAAAACAUUUUUUUAUAUAUAAGAAUAAAGUGAAUAAACCUUUUAUCCGUUUAGCUCUCACAUUAUUACAUAAUCACGUUAAAAAUUAGAAUCAUAAUAAACUUAAUUACUAUAAAAUAUUCAUAUAAGUUAAAUUUUAGUCUUAUUAAAAUGAAAAGAUCCUGUCAAAAAAUAAUUACAUCUUGUCGUCAAAGCAACAAUUUCAAACCAUUUUUGUUGUAGUAUAUUUUUGGCAUCACAAAAAAAACUUUAUCAGAUGUUUUAGUCGUGGUAUGUUCACGUUCUGCCACAAAACACGAUUCAUAUACCAUUUUUCAGAUUAUUCUAAGUUUAAUAAUAACGCUUAUUCUAAAAUUUUAUAUACUUUUUAUCAUAUUGAACAUAAAAUUAUUUUAUACCUAUGACGUCACGCAAUAUGGCGGUCUUACUAAAAUGUUUAAACUACCUACAAAAUGUCUGUAUUUUCAAUAAUUUUUUUCUCUUUAAAUAUUGAUCAAAGAAUUUAAAAAAAUAUAAUAUCAAGUUGUAUAUAAACUAUUCAAAACUAUUUUUUGUCAAACCAUGCAAGUACCCUAUUAUUUUUUUGUAAUAAUUUACAUUUGAAGAGUUUAAAAUGUGGUAAAUAGUUGUAAAUAUUAGUACUUUGAUUAUAAGAAGUUGGUACUUCCAGUUAGUUACGUUAGUUUUGUCCACUACUCCAUCUAGUCCUUUUAUAUUGUAUAACUUAGAUAUUCAGUGUUUAUUAGGUUGUAAAUUUUUUAAAUUUUUACAAAAGCAUGUAUAGUCGUUUUCUUAGAUUAUAUCUUUUGUUAAUAGUAGUAAUUGUUUGUAUAUUACGCGAAGAAUUGUGAAAUACAGGGUAUUUGUUUUACCCAAUACAACUGUCUAAUAUAUAAUAAGAGUAGACAAAAUUUAAUGGUGCAGCUUUUCAAGAGAUAUUUCUUAUAAUUUUUGUUUGUAAUAUUAUGAAUCAUUCUCAUAAUCUAUUGAAAAUUACUCAAAUAAUUUAAGUUAAACUUUAUAAUAUAUAAGUAAAAGCUCUCUUUCCAGUAAUAACAAAUCAUACGCUCAGGCAAGGCGCAAAUUGGGACAAGUAUAGCACGUAUGAGUGACACGACUCGUAAAUGCUACACGGGCUGCGUGGUGAUCCGCAUAUUAAAACACGCGUUUUCAAAUGGGAAACGGUGAGUUUUGGAUUUGAUUGGCAGUUCGCAACUAGCCGGCAUCAAAAAAUGUUUGCCAUUUUUCACAAACGAACAAAACAAUUGUUGUUAUUAAGCUUAAGUUCUAAAUCUGAAUCGGAUGAUGCUGAGGAGGAAAUGUUUUUUUAUUCCUUGAUAAGAAAGAAAUUUAAAUCCACUAAUAAAUUUAUCCUAUCGAAGAGAAAAACCAGUAGACAAUUUACAAUUACAACUAAAAUGAGUUAUGUUUCCGAAUUAAUCGAAACCAGUAUCGAAAUCGAAAGUACAUGAGAUGAUUCGUCAUCUUUUAAUUGUAAAUCAUUUGCAAUAUUACUACAAAACCCAUUCUUCAGUUUCAUCUUCAAAUAAUCACCAUUUUUUGUAUCGUAAAGCUCUCUCUGUUCCCUUACCACCUCUAUGAACUUUUCUUAUGCCAUUUUUUCUAAAAAAAAUUCAUGAAAGAUUUGCUACCAUACAUGUGGCACAGUAAACUGUAUCUGAACAACGACGCGUGUCGUAUCAGGUCGCGCUGGGUCGUCAAUUUGCAUCAAUGUAUUCAAUCUUAAAAUUACAAAGCUACGUGCUGUGCUGCUUCACCUCACACGUGCUAUAUGUGUGCCUUGCCUCAAUCUAGGCUACCAACAAGUCUUGCCAAUGACCUCUCAUUUUUAAAUAUUUUUCUUGGAGAAAUUUGACUUAUUUAUGUUAAAAUUUAUAGUAACUAUUGAAUAGAAAAUAUAUAUCCUGACAACCAUCAUAAUAUAACUAUUUUUUCAGAGUAUAUUGAAUGAUAUCAAACUUUAGCUAUUGCUUUAGUCAUUGCAAAUAACCCAGUAAUAUUGAUAUUAGAAUUAACAUUAGAAAUUUAACAAAACUUUUGAUUCCAAAUUCACAAGGUGCAAAAAUAUCAAUCCAAACAUAUGUUUGUUAUUUCCAAUGAGAGAUUUAGGAAUCUCACUAUUGAACGUAAAAUUAGCCCUUGUCUUCAAGGAUUUUUGAUACUUAUCAUGUUUUAAGGGGUUAUUCUGGUCUAGAAGCCUAAAUUUUAGGCAUUUCUGAAUCUAACGUAAACAAAUGAAAAACAUUUUUACUACCCGGUUUUCUAUAUGAUGUUUAUUGAUUGUUUAAUAAUAUUAAAAAAAUCAGAAUUUUAAUAAAUUACAGGCCGGUGAAGUGGGAGCUACAAAGAAACGGUGCACCCUGGUAGACAUGACAUGACAUUCUAGUCUUUGUAAUGAUCUGGAACAAAAAAUUUGAAAAAUAUUUAAGCUGUAAAGAUGUCGAUAUCGCAUUGACCUUAGCCAAAAAAUUCACAAAAUAGCGUCGACAUGAAAAAUUAAUUUUUUACUCCUUUUUUCACCUUUUCAAAUUUUUUAAAAAUUGAAAUUUUUUACAAUCCAAGGCAGUCGAGAUCGGAGAUAUAUAAAAAAGAUUUCCACCGAAUAUCAAACGAAUCGGUUGGGUACAUAUCACAUCAAUCACUUCAAAAAAAGUAGUUUCGAGUUUUAAGUAACAAUUCCAGUAGAAUAACUCUCAUCCGACUUAGCUGCUACGGUACACAAUCUACUGUAUGUUCGUUUAAGAACACUCUUAAGGGUGUAAGCUUUGAAAUUUGCAAAAAAAUCAAUUUUUUAAAAUUUCUAGACCAGAAUUCCACCUUAAAUUGAGUAUACACUAUAUUUUUAUCUCAAUCAGGUUAAUGUCUUUUCAUUUACCAUUUUCGUCGUGCCGUUCAAUGUAAAUUCUUUCUACCUCCUAAUCUUUAUUCUAUUCAAGUUCAAUGUUAUACUCAUGAUCCUUCUUUUUCUCUCUUGAUUUUCCAGUUAAUACUAAUUUUCGAAGCAUCUCUUUUUUUGAAUUUCAAUGAACAUUUUUAUUUAGUGUUAUUUAGGAUUUUUAUACAACUGGUGUUCCUUCUUCUUCGCCAUCUCGUCUCUAUUCAUAUUCCCCCAUAAAUAGCUCGUAAAUAUCUUCCACGUUUGUUUCUUGUGUUAUAGUUAGUAUUCAUACCUUGCAAACAUAAGUGUGGUGAUUCUGUCUUUGGUUGUUUUGAUGAGUUCUUUGAUUUCUGUAUAUAUUUUCUCCAAUAUCCAAAUCGGUAACGUUAUUUGUUAUUCCAAAGAAAAAUUCUUAAUCAUUAGGUGUACUUUACGGAUUGUUUUCUUUACAUGACUCUUCUGUUCUGUAACCAUAUAUUUUGGUCUACUGCAAAAAAUUGUUCCCUUUAAUAAUAUUAAUAAUAACAGGGCUAAAGUUGAAUUAAAUGGUGCUGUCGACAGACUAAGCUAUUCCCGAUGAUGUUUCUUUAUUCAUUAUAAGGCCCAUCGAUUUUUAUUGUUGGAUAAAUCCAUUUAGAAUGGGCAAUAAAUUGUUUAUAUAUUUUUUUUUUAUAUUAUUUAUAAAUACUUAUAAAAUUAAUUUACACGAGGUAGUUUAUUAUUCUGAUACUACCCGAACUGAUACCAAAAAUAAUAUAGAAAAUGAUCUAGAAAAAUUAAAUUUUUAAAUACAAAAAUUUUAACUAUAGUUUAAUAUAAGAAUUUGAUAAUUUAUCAAAUAGUGAGUAUUAAAACUGAGGUUUGGAAUUUUGUCUAGCCUAAUUUCUUAACUGUGCAUAUUUGAAGUAAAUUAUCUUAUUUGUAUAGAUUGCUUUUUCUAUACUGUUUUCUAUGAUUACUUUAAUGUUUAGGAAAAUGCGUUUAUUGUGUUUUUGUUAUAUAAUAUAUAUAAAUUAAAAUGUUUAAUCAUACAUAUACAUCAUACAUAUACAUCUUUGAAAUUUUUUUAUUACUAAUUUAACUUUUAAAUUGUGUUUUUUAUAAAAUAUUUGUUUCUGUCAUGUCAAAAGUAUUUAAUUAAUUUAGCGGUCCAAACAAAAUUACCUGACAAAGCAAUAAUAAUAAAGCAUCACAAAAUGGUACCCAAAAUGGAAAUAAAUGUAUUCUGUAUAUACCCGGUUAUAUAUUUUAAACGUAUUUUAGCUUAACGACCUUGUAACUUCAAAAUUCUAUAAAUUUAGGGGUAUAUUAACAAUGCAAUCACAAAAUAUACUAAGGCUAAAAACUUUCUAUUUCCUAUGAAAUCGUUAUGUUUUAUGAAUACCAAUCUUAUUUUUAUUACUUUCAUUCAGGUAAGAUUGUUUUACAUGCUAAAUGACUAGAGUAUAGUAAUUGCAAUCAGUUAUACUUCAAAUCCAUGUCUUGGUUUCCUUUAACAAAUAAGAAGGAAAGUUUGAAACUAUUGAAUUAUGCUAAAUUUUCAUAACUUCGAAAUGAUAAGCUACUUCCAUUUAUCCCAGUAUUGUUAACAGGCUACUCAACAUCUUAUCCCUUUGUGAAUCUGGUAGAGUUAAAUAAAGCAAAUAUGUCUCUCCAUUGUAAAUCUUGUUAUCUGAUUGAUCUAUUAUUUUAUCAUAUUACUCUAAUCAUAGUUCAUAGCUUAGAUAGUAAGCUGUUAAGAACCUUUGCGCUCAUAACCCUCCUGCUCGUUGUGCCCCACUUGAAGGUACUAAAGGCUGUUGUCUUUAUAUAUACUAUAUAUAAGCCAAAAUAUUGAAUAUUAGAAAUUGAGGCAUAAUUACAAAACUCAAUCAUUUGCUUUAGCAUGGAAAAUCCAUUUGAAUAUUUUUAGUGGAAGUAUCUUUCCAUUUGAUUAGUUCUGGAGUAUUUAAACAAUAUAUAAAGUUCUGUGUUUUCGUUUAACAAUAAGGUCAUUUUUUUGGACUAGAUUGUGCAGGGUUUCCUCCAAAUAAAGUCAUUUGGCAUGCAAACUUGCUGAAUUUUACCACCAUUUCUGCACCUCAUACGCCACUUUGUUGUUUACUAUCUUUUCUACUUCUCUGUAGUUAUUUGAAGUAUCCCUCUUUUUUUAUAGGGUACUACCAUUCACUUUACUUUCUUUUACUUCCGAUUUAAAGUUCUCAUUUAUGUGUCUGUUAUUCUAGAGAUGAAUUUAUGACUGCCUUAUUACAAAUGAAAAAACUUCAAAGUUAUCCUACUAAUAUUUCUAGAUUACAAGGCCAUCAAACAGGUCAACUCCCCUGCCUGGAUGUUAGAUACUUAGCUAUUCAAAUAUAUUCCUUAUAGUAUCGUCCAUAUUUUCUUGGAUUUUCUUCUGAUCCAAAUUUCGGUAGAUCUGUUUAUUCUUGAUAAGAGGCGUUCACUGCUUGCCUUGGGCUAGGUUUCUUUUUAUUGCGCUUGGCAGUUUAUCCUCAUUCUGUAGAUGCAUAAUAAGGAUAAGAAUGACUCUGAAGAGGUAAAUCUUGGUCUUCAGCUACAGCUUGGAUCGUCUUCUGCUGAGUUAUUCCCAAUAUUCUUCAUGUUAUCUUUUUUUUUUGUCCACUAGACAGUCCAUAUGUAGGCGUCACGAGGAAUACUGCUUGGGUCUUUCUUGAGCUGAUGAUGAUCUUCCUUGUCACCCGCGAAAGGGUAUUUUUAUCUUACCCGUUAUGGCUAUCUCAAACAAAGUCAAAUUAGUAAUUAGAUUUUUAAUAAACGUAUAACUGUAGAAUGUUUUGUUUCCUCAUUUGACAGGUGUGCCUGCUGCUAAUAAAUAAACAAAUUUAAAUAUGUUGUAUCUCGCAAACAAGAGCAGCAAAAUUGGAAUUUCUAGAACCGUUGGUGAUAUUCAUACUGAACACACUGUUUACACUACACAGUGUUUUCAGUAAGAACAACUAAUCUGUAAUUAUUCAGUAAUUUUUCAACUUAACUGAAAAUAAUUGAGAAGCUGCUAGUAUUCAGUUCGAAAUAAUUUUUAAAUCUUGUCUUCACAAUUCAUGUUUCAUUGGUUUAAUAUUUAAUAUAAUUAUUCACUUAUCUCUUCUAAUUAUUGUUAUCAUGCAUACUUAUUGUGAUGUUUCAGUUACUAUUGAAUUGUAUUUUACACAAUAAACAUUUUUU